ACCACCACCACCUCAUUCAAUCAGCAGUCCUCAUUUUCUCAGAGGGGGAAGGGAGGAAGCGGUUGCGUGUUCGCGGAGAAGCAGAGACCAAACCCUCUCCUCCUCGCGCGGGCACCGGGCGGAGAGGGAGGAGGGGCGCGCGGAGGACGAAGGCCGCCAGCAGCCAGCCGCGUCGACCCGAGCCGCCGGCCAAGAGGAAGAGGAUACUAAGGAUCUACGGCACGAAGACCAGGCCGCCCUUCACUCUCACCUACAAACGAUUGGCUACCGGCGGUGGCGCUCCGAGAUGCCAUCCUACCUAACAGCAAGCAGCCAAGCAGCAAUCAUUCAACAGUAGCACAAGCAUUCAAGGUCAAGCGAGCAGCAGGAACACAAGGAUUCAAAGAGCAGCACAACAUAGGUAGCAAGCAGCAGCAGAUCAGGUAUUCAAAGAGCAGCAGCAGCUCAAUGGAAGAAAAUCAGAAAAAAAUAUGAAAAGGUUGGAGAGGCUGCCGGGAUUGGGAACUUGGUUACCUGCCGUUGGGAGGAGAGGCUGCUGGAGCUGGGUAGCAGUCGCUGGUAGAGUCCAGGCGUCGACGGUGGCAGCAGCGAGUCCAGGAGGCGGCGGUGGCGGCCCAUUCGCUGCUGCCUGCGAGGCUGUGGGCAGCUUGUUCUUUUGUGGAGAGCGUGCGUGCGACACCUGCAAAAUAGGGUUUGGUAUUGGGCUGUAGCUGUUUUUCGGCUGACAGUGUCCCCAAUGUAUCAUGCACGUAUCCCAGCCGUGCCCCUGUAUUUUUAUUUUUUUUAAUUCGCAAAUUGUGGGAUACUGUGGGAUACGUGUAUCCUGGCGUAUCCUCGUAUCCUGGUGUGUCAGGACGGCCAAUGGGCAAGUUUUGCUGUAUCAAUCCUUCUUAGAUUACCCAGGUACAUUAUUCAGUUGAUGCUGCCAGAUAGGAUGGCUAGUUGAUCAUGUUUGACGAGUAAAGUGUAUUUUUCACCGUUCUUCUUAGUUCCUACUCUUUCAGUUCAUGAAACCUGUAUGUAUUUGACCUGCCCACUAAAGCCCUUGGAAAUUUUCUUGAUUCCUACCUAAAAAUACAUUCAUGAAAUGAGUUGUUUGUGCUCCCAGUUCGACAUCAGGCAACUCUUUUGUUUCUAUUUAUUUGUUUUUUGCUAGCAGUUUUUUUUCCUGGAUAACAGAAACCGGUAAAAAUGUACUCUCAAAACCAUCCACACACUAUGUAAUACGAGCUAUCUGAAUUUUGAUCAUUUAUGUUUGAUUUUUGUUGCUCAAAAAUCAGGUCAGCGCUCACAAUUUCUUGUAUAUGUGAGAAUGAAGAGUAAGAAUGCUGCAUCUAAAUUUAUAUAAUGGAAAUAUAGUUUAUGCUGUCUCUAAGUGAUCACAGAAAAAGAUCAUGUGAUAUGUAUAACUCGUGCUAGAUCUCAGCCUUCAAGUGUACCUUCAUCGUGUGAUGCUAUUACCGUUAGAUCAUGGAAGGUACUCUUCCAUUGUGCCAUCGACACUGGUUGUUUAUAUGUUCCACCCAACAGAGCAUACAAGUUGUACAGCCUCGGAUUAUUCUUAGAGGCAGAAAUGCUUUAUAUGUUAAGAGCACACCACUGAUGUCCUUUCCUUUGAUGAUUAUGCAUGAAAUUCUACAUCACUUGCUGCAUCUUCAGGUAUUUAUUUUUGACGUUUUAAGCACCAUCUAUAAAGUAUUUUAUAUAGUCAGCAAUGGCAAACAAACCGUUAUUUCUUAUGGUGGAAAUGCAGGUUAGAGUGAGAUUCGGCUUCCAAAAUAGCCACAUUCUUCAAAGCAGCGAUUAAGAUUUGUUAGAGUUGGAGUUCAAUAUUUGGGGCCAUGAUUCCAUUUCGUUGUUUGUUUGACUUCAACUUGGGCAAUUGUGGGAAUUAGGUUGGGUAAGCAAUUGCCGUUUUCUCCAAUUAUCUGAUGACCUGGUACCCAGGUACUAGUUGAUCCUGCGAAGUAAAGGAAAAUUUUAUUUUCUUUCUUGACUUGAUUUACCAAAAUCAAGCUCACAUUAAGGUCAAACAAUUGGGCACAUUGGGCUCCUUGAUUCAUUUUGCGAGUACUAUGUGCUGACUGCUGCAGUCAAAUGGAAGAGCUCUUCAGUUGACAUGUGAUUUGAGAACCUAUUUAGCCUCAGAAAGAGCAUAUGCUCAAAUCAAUGUAUUUUGUCCUUAGCGUGAGGGAAGGUGAUACCUAUCGCAAGAUCUUAAGCAUACAAGUCAGGCCUUCCAAUGCGGUUUCUGGAAGUGGUACCUCUUCUGGGAACUGGAAAAUUAUACCUAACUGCUGCCACACUUAGCACAUAGUAUGUUUAGAUUACUGUGGUGUGUUCCAUGAACUUCAUGGACUAAGUACGUUGGUGAUGGUAUAUGAACCAGUGCCCAUUGUUAACCUGCAUAGAAGGAUUUCAUGAUCACUUGGAGUAUUAAUUGGAGCAGUGCAAGCAUGCACUUCAUACAAGAACCAUCAAUUUGCUUGUCAUGGUUUGGAUGGUUAAUUUACCAAUAGAUGGGUGUAAAAUCUGGAAAAGGAACGUAAGACCUAAUGGUUCCUACCAAAGUAGUUGAUCUGAAGGUGCUUUUCCAAGAAGAAAUCAGCUUAAGACGUAGAACUGGCUGUGGUGAGGGUAGGUGUACCCUUGAAACAAGCUCAGUUAUUGUGUUGAGAGAAUGUAUUUGCAGAUAGCCAUUUGAUGGGAAAAUGAAAGGAGAGAAAGGCUAGUCAAACAUAAAUCAAUUGAUGUUGGAAACAAGAUGCAUCUACAUAUAAGCAGAACAAAAGGGCACACCAGCUUCAUGGAGGAACCAAUAUCACACAUAUGUUAUCUAUUUAAAUGGGCCAUGUUUCUACAUGACAUGCUAUGUCCACUGCCUUGACGAUAUUUCCGGCUCGUCUGGAGCUGAUAGCUAGCAUUACCCUUAUGUCUUAGACAUCCAAUUAUUUUACAUUUUGAUAGUAUUAUGUACACUAUCCAUCUCUCCCCUUGAUGUAGCUCAUUAUGACAUGAGCUCAUCUCAUGCUAUGUAAAGUUUGAAUUUUCAGUCAGAUAAUUCUUAUGCUUGCUAGAAUGUAAAUAUGAUAACUGUACUAUUGGAAGAGUGUUGUCACAAAAAAAAUCAGUAAUCUCUUUCAACUUCUUUGGCUACUUGUUGUAUUAUCAUUUUUGCAAUGCUUGCUGUAGUUUACGCUGUUUGAGAUUAUUUACCUAGUGCUUGCCAGAGGUUUGGGUGUUAUCUUUCUUACCUGUCAUGGCAAAAUGUAUAUCAGAAAGCUGUUUUUCUUGCUUCUUACUCAAAAGUACAGGAAAUUUGUUUGUGACACAAUCCUAAUGCUAUCCAUUGUAUAUAUACUGAUAUCAUGUGCUCUAUCACUUCGUUAAAAGACAAAUGUGGUCCUCAUAUGCUACUUAUCCUGUGUGAAGUUGGAAAUAUAAUCAUAUGAAAUUGUAAACAUAGUGCAAAUAGUUGUUUUUGACCUUUUGGUAUGAAGUCAAAAUAUCUUCAACCAGGUGUGUUUACAUUCCAAAAAACAAACAGACAUGCUUUAAUAAUUUGCUCACAAAUAAUCACUAAAAUAUACUCCCUCCGUUCCACAAUACAUGCCUUCCAUUUGUCAAAAUAUAGAUGUAUCUAGACGUGCUUUAGUAUAUAGGUACAUUCAUUUUUGGACAAAUGGAAGUCAAGUAUUUUGGAACGGAGGGAGUACAUGCAUGCGAGCAACAUUUUCUUAAAGUUAUCACUUUAACUGACUGCACUUUGUUUCAUUUCAAGUUUCUAUCCUCCCACCAUCUUUCAUUAUCUUUGAAUGCAACCAAAAUUCUACCAUGGCUGCAAGUAAAAUUUAUCUGUGGAAAUUUGACAUGGAUUGUAGAUGUAAUAUUAUAUGUAAGAUGGAUAGUCUGCAGCUGGAGCAGCAUUAUCAGCAUCAUAUGGAUAUACUGCAAAUUAGUUCUAAAAAUAUGCCAAUCAUUCAGAUGCCAUUAAUAUAAAGUUCAAAAGAUGAAACUUCAGAUUGUUUUAACCAGUCAUGUAGUCUGUUGUGAUUUUCUUGCCCCUGGUGCUGCCACGACCUUGGCUGUCAUUAUACUCUGAUACUUAACUUGAGUAACAGUGCAGUUUUUUGAGCAGUAACUGUACCUUAACUGAUUGGUAUGCAAAACCAUUGAUAUUGCUUUCUCUGGUUUAAAAACACAAUUCAUAUUUUGUUGUCAAAAUUUGCUCUGGCUUUAUCAUCUCAGCAGUUUGAGUUCUUUUGCUUUGGCUUCUGAUGUUUUCAGCCACAUUGAAUAGAGAAAAUUAGCUCAGUACAGUUUCAAGGCCAUAUAAAUGGGAAACUAUCGACUAGUAUAAGGAUGACAUGUGGUAUCUGAGGACAUGUCAUUAGUUAUAUAUUGGAUAUAUGGAUUGUAUUUUCCAACUCAGUGAUCCCUGUGAUGGUACUGAGCUAUAAUGUCCAAUUAAGUAACUGCAUUGCCAUUUGAUGAAUCAUUUGGCUUUGAUUAUCUCAGAUCCGUGUGACUCUAAUCUUACUUCCCACAGUUCUAAGGUCUGAAAUGCUUGUAUUUUGUCCCUUAAGUUUAUGCAUUUGUGAUGCUUCAUGCACUCACUUAUAAAUGUUAUCCCAUUUGCAGCUGCAACUUGUUUAACCGAAGUACUAAUACUGUGCCUCAAAAUUUCCAGAUUAAGCAAACAUCUGAUCAGACUGUACAUGAGUCAUGGCUGGGCAUCAUUAUCACAAUUCCCAGAUUUCAAGAAUGGAUCGUACGAACCAGCCACGUAAUGAACCUCCGCCUUUUGGUCAAAAGUUAUUUAUGCAUCCUAGAGGUGAUGCACCUAAUGGAGCGGGACCAUCAGGUUAUGGGGUUACAACUGUGAGAUCUAAUGAACUUCCAUCCUCAAGCUACGCCGGUCAGUCUUAUGGUCAGCAGAUGGGAGCCCCUGGAACCUUGCAUGCUUCCCAUGCUGGUUAUCCUCCUGCUGGAAGCUCUAGUAGCAGCUAUGCACCAUACAAUACUCAACACGUGCCUUCUUUAAGCUAUCCGAAUAGAUCGGAGGAUAGUUUUAUUCCUGGAGUCCAUGUGGAUGACAGAAGGGUUGCACCGAAGCGGAGAAAUCCCAUCACUCAUCCUGUGGAUGGUGUAAGUGCUGGAGGCUAUUAUCCUGGCAGUUCUUCCAAUAAUCAGUUCUCUGGUUACGUGCCCCUGAAUCCUGUUCCUACUCGUGAAACUUGCCCUCCACAAAUAAGUUCAAACAUGGGUUCCAGCCACUGGAACGAUCAUCAGUUUCUUAAUCAUGAAGGAUCUCAGAGGAAUGUGAGGGGACGCCAUGAUCAUAGUUCUAUCCAUUCGGAAUAUAAUUCAUCUACAGCUUGCCCAUCAAGCAGUGUUCAUGUGCCACCAUACCAUCCAAAUGCAAAUGCUCCUUUUGGAAGUGCACCAGUACAGCGGGAAAGAGCUCCUUUAUCUCUACCUCCCAGAAUUGUUCCUCCAGGGACAGAUGGAAGCACUGGCAUAGCAUUCAGAGAGAGGCCAUUCUAUCCUGCUCCACAGAGCACCAACAUAAGUGCUCCUGUGCCAACACUUCCUGGUUCUUCUGACGUUGCACCAUUUGCUCACAUUGGAUACACUCCUAGACCAGUUCAUCACAACGCUGGCCACAAUUAUCCACCGCCAGCUUUUACAACUUCUUCCAACUCUGGAGCAGUUCGGUGUGAGCCUGCUAACCCUCGCUAUCAACCUUCCAUGACCAGCUAUCCUCCUGCUACUGCUGCAGCAUCAUCAAGUGUCCAGCCAUUACAUGCCGAAGCUGCUGCAUCUUUUAGACAGCCUAGGCACGUCUCUGUAGGGCAUGGUGGUAGUACAAGGAGUAGAAGGAUGAGGGAUUCCUAUCAUUGUUUUCAUCCUUUGAUGAUUGAGGAGAAUAACCUAGGAAGAUCGGCAGCUGAGCGUUUUAUGAUGCUGGACCAGUUGGUCAUCCAUGAGUCUAGAGAAGCAUUAGAUCCUCACUGGGACAUGAGACUGGACAUUGAUGACAUGAGCUAUGAGGAGCUCCUGGCGUUGGAAGAACGAAUUGGCAAUGUAAACACUGGCCUGGCUGACGAAAAAAUCUCAGGCUGCGUGAUGGAGCUAGCCUGUCGUAAUUCUGCCCGUACACAGAAUGAUCAAGACAAGGAAAGAUGCAUAAUUUGCCUGGAGGAAUACAAGCACAAGGACUCCCUUGGGAAGCUGAAAUGUGGGCAUGACUUCCAUGCGGGCUGCAUCAAGAAGUGGCUGGAGGUGAAGAACGCCUGCCCGGUUUGUAAAGCCGACGCCGCAAAUGAAACCACCUGAGGGACCAAGUAGUGCGCCCCUCCACAUUUAUCAUAGUUCAGGAAUUUCAGUUAUAUCUGCUCAUUGUGCCGCUCAAGUUGGCUGUGUAAAUAAUAAUUAAAGUCCUAAAGUUAGGAUUGUUUUGUGAACUCAAAACAUCGUGCCCGAUGUAAGUAUGAAUCUUUAAGCAAGUUAUGGAUUAAUUAUCCAAAGCCUCU